AAACCCGUCCACCAGUCGGUCUUUCCACUUCCAGCCAGGCAGUUCUACAUGGCCUAAGCCAGCCAGCCAGUGCUGCUGCAGCCUACGCGAAGUACCCCUCCGGAGUAAGAGGUGUUCCGAGCUUCUUUCCUGCCUUCUUCGCCGAGGAGAAAUAUGGUUCCGAUCUAGGUGGCCGCGCACCGACUUCGAGGUUCGCGAGAGCACUUUUUGCCGUUACGUUACGCGAAGACGUGUUCGAUCUAGUGAGCAUCGCAGUGCAGUGCGCUGCAACAGCAGGCCUGCUUGGAUGCUAAUCCGCUAAUGGAGUCGCCCGCGAUCAAGAAGAAGUGUUUCGAGGCCAAGUGUUUGCCAAGAGUUAAGUGAUCCGUUUUUGGAAAUCGCAACGUGUAACACGCCAGCGAUCUUUGUUCUCGUACAGUGAGUUUAGCCCGCAACGUGAUCUUAAGUAACAACAGAAGCAAGCAUCCAGCACGUACCAAGUUCUGCCAGCAGUCGAACCCAGAUUGAUCUUGCCCGACAGCAGUGGUGAAUAUCAACGACCUUUCGGGCGAAGCUGUUCUCGCGAUCUCGACAACAACGGGAACCUGCUGUUGGCUUAAUCGAAGUGCCUUGUAUGUGAGUGUAUGCUUUGAUUUGCAGAAAGCAGGUUUUUCCAGCCUCUCUUCACUUCAUUCUUCAACGUUUUGUGUGUUAAUACACCCGGAUCGAUCGGUUUUGUUUCACGCGUGUGACAAGUGAAAGAAGAAAACGUCCAAGAAGCCAAAAGGUUCAUUGAGUUGCCUUAUCAAGAGAGUGCGGCACCCUACAACGCAAUCGCAACCAAGUCAACAAAGAUCAGAAGAAGGAAAACAACAACAACGGGGGAAAAAGUGAAAGAGUUGAGCCGAUCAAGUGUGCGUUGCAAACGCAGGAUCAUCUCUCAAAAGUCUGUGCGGGAAGUGAAAGAGAGCGAUCUAGAGUGCAUCGGCAGCUCGAAGAGGCUACUUGGUACGGUUGGCGAGGAAAGAAGAUUGUUCCCGGUUUGUGAAUUCUGUACGGAAACGAAGGCUUUUGUAGCAAAGCUGCUGAAUUGCGGUCGUCGUCGGAUGUGGCAAUGGAUUUGAUGUGAAAACUAAGCAAACAACAUGAACAAGCCACUCACCAAUCGAUUACCAACUCCGUGUCAAACAUAGCACCUGCCGGUCAACGGUGUGACGCUGCACCUGUAACCCUUUCCAAAGCUGCAAGAUGACUUCCGCAGGUGACGCGAACACCUUGCCAACAGCGGCAACGGACAAUCUGCGGCACUUUUGCACGCUGCGGAAAAGCAAUUUGAACGGCAAUGCUAACGAUGGCCAUCGUCAUCUCCGGACGGAAGGGACCUCCACGUCGUCCAGCGGCAAUUCCAGUGCCGAUGCCGACCGGAUCGGACGGUUCUGUACGGUACGCGGGACCAAGGUCAUCAUGGGGAAUGUGAACGGUGGUCAGGUUGGGGCUUCCGGGUACGAGGGGAACAGUGACGAGGUGAAUCGAAAUUUGCUGUACGAGGAAAACAUGUGCACGUUUGAGAAUUUCUGCGAGAAGAGCUUGGAGCAGCAGCAGGGGGAAGAUGGUGAAACCGCCGGCAGUGAAAGUAUCGAGAAUUUCUGCACGCUUCGCAAGAAACGCCCGCAGAAACCGGCCGCUGGGAGUGGGUCAAGUGAUGUGCACGAAACGUCUCUCGUUGAUGGUCAUGGUUCGACUUCUGAGGCUGGAGUGGGAGGCUAUUGUACGCUGAAGAAGAAGAAGCUCAAGUUGAACCAACGGUUCGUGGAGAGCUUCCUCGAGGAUCCAAAUGCCAAGCUGCACGAUUAUCUGUCCGAGCUGGACGCGUACCUGGACGAGAUCGAUGGGUUGGAUUCGUACGGUGAAGAAGACGACGAAGACGAAGCCGCUGCGGCCAAGGAAGAAUCGUCCGUAGACAGUGAGCCUGAAGUGACGGGUGAAGAUGCCACUGUGGAUGAUGUUGUGUUCAAAAAGUGCGAAGAUCAAAUCAGUUACAUCGAUGUGAAGAAUUUCUGCACGCUGCCCAAGAAAAAGCGGGUGCAGUUUCUAAGCGCUUUCAAUCGUGGUGGCCCUCUGAGGAGGACCUUUGACGGCGGCGCCAACGGCAGGAGCGGUGCCCUUAUUAGGCGUGAAGUGAUCGCCGAGGCCGAUGAAUCAUCGGCAGCGGGUCGUGACUCAGCGGUCGCCGUAACUCCUGGGGACGAUUAUUCAAAAGAUUUCUUACGCUAUGGAAAUGACUAUUCAGAACCUACCUCAACGGCGACGCUCGACCGACGAUCCGGUCCACCGCGACGCACUUCCACGUGGCUGCGCAACUCCAUGCGAAAGACACGUCCCAUCGAUCUUCCGUCCAUGGUCCAGCAGCAGCAGCCUGACUCCCUCAUCACAUCGCCAACCUUCGCCGAAUGCCGAAACAGUAUUAACGACCCGACUACCUCGGGCACCAGCAACAGCCACACCGCCCACGCCUCACCGUACUCGACGGAAUCACUCUCGCUGCAAUCCGUCCCCAGUGGUAGCAGCUGCGGAAUGUCGCUGGACCACAUCGAGGAUCACAACGAGCUGAGCUCGAUUGCGACGCUUCCCGUGUCCGAUCUGGAACUGUCGGAGCAAACCAAAGCCGAUUCCGAAGCGAGUGGCAGCCACGUUUCCACGGGGGCGGGGGCACCAAUCACGGAAGAUGAACUCAUUCCGUACCUGGUGUCGGCAUCACUCUGUGAACGCGAACCACCGCGGCCCCUCGAAACGAACCUGGACAGUCCCACGCAAACGAGCCAGCGGCCACGGCAAACUGGACGCCGGUCCGAGGUUCGGCCCCGAGUGGUGUCCAUUACGGCGGAACGUGACGCCACCACGAACCAGCUCAUCAUCCGGACCAACAGCGUUCCGGCGGCUGCGUCGUCCAGGGCGAGUUCACCGCCACCACUUUACAGGACAACUUCGACCUCGACAAGCGACUCACAUCACCCUCAUCACAAUGUACAGCAAUUUAGCAGCAACAACAACAACAACAGUCAUCACCACCAGCAACAUCAUCAUCACGAUCAUCAUCGGUACGGGGGCAUGGGAUCGGAAACGAGUUCGAUCGGAUCGUCGAGGAAUCCCAGCCCGGUGUCGCUUCUUUCCACGACGACGUUUAGUUCGAUUGCCUCUGGGGUGGACACGGACCGGUCCCGUUCGAGGCCGGACGAGGAUGGUCGCGAUGCGGGAGGGGCGAGUUCGGUUGGAGGAGGAGCGGAAUCGACGACGGCCACGAGUACGAACGCGACCACUACGAGGAACGGGUCGUUUCACUCGGCGACCAUCAUGAGCGGCGGUCACGAGGACGGCGAUGAGACGGACACUUCGGACGAGGAGGAUUCCGAGCCGGAAAUGGACCGGAAUGGGCGGCCCAAGCCGAUGUGGCCACACGUGGUUUCGCGGGCGAUGGCGACCAGCUUUUGUGCGCUGGGACUUUUCAACAUUUCGCGAUUCGCCAUUUUUAGCAUUCACUUUGGCGCUAACUUUAUCGUGCAAUUUCUGAUUUUUUCGUUCCUGUUUGGCAUUCCGAUGCUGUGGCUGCAAAUGGUGCUUGGGGCGAGGAUUCGUGGCGGACCGGUGACCAUGUGGCGCAUCAGCCCAAUCUGCAAGGGCAUCGGAAUAGCCCUAAUCCUAACCCAGGGCAUAAUCGCCCUCUACUCGGCCAUCUCGCUAAGCUGGGUUCUGGUGUACUUCCGGGAUUCGUUCGUGUCGCGAAGUGAAAAGUACCGCUGGCAGGAGAUCUUCGAACUCUACCGAGGUCCGGGCAACCAAUCGUUCCGUCUCUCGGACACCGUCGCCGAUUACUUCAACGGCGUGGUGCUCCAACGCUACCAGCUUGGACCCGGCGGCCGUGGCGUUACCGGAAUAGGGGCCGUCCGCUUCCAACUAGCGUUCAACCUGGCCAUCAUCUGGACCUUCGUGUUUGUCGUCCUCUGCAAAGGAAUCCGCUCCUUUGGCAAGAUCGUGAUCGGCCUGUACUCCCUCGCCAUGACCGGCCUUAUUGCGAUCUGCUUCAGGUUCCUGACGAUGGUCAACUACGACAGCCUGCAGAGUCUGUUCCCCGCAACCGAGUGGCAGGACUUUUUCCUAAAUUCGCGCAGCUGGAUGAGUGCGGCCCAGGAAACGUUCCUCACCUGGGGACUGCUGGGAGUUUCGGUGUAUUCGAUCAGCUGUCGGACAAACCGAAAGGGUGGCCCACGGAGAACACGCCGGGAGCUGCGACGGGACGCGCUGGUGGUGGUGGUGCUCACGCUUGCCGGACUGAUGCUGGCGGCCGUGUUCGGGAGUGCCUGCGUGCAGAUACUGAACAGUCGAGGGUACUACUACUUUCCGGGAUCGUACGAAAACAUCGGCACCGACAUCUUCCUGCUGCCCUCGGACCAACCGCUGCCCCCGCAGCACGCCACCAUGCCAACCAAGUGGCUCAUCCGCUACUCGAUGGUCCUGGGCGAAAGCUUCAAGCGCCCGUACGCCAACCCCCACCAGGAAAGUGGCUACCAGGCGCUACGACUGGUGACGGAACUGCUCCCAUCGACGCUGGCGGCCGCCACCCAGGAACGGAUCGGCCCCAUUUGGAGCUUGAUCGGGUUUUUGACGCUGCUGCUGUUCGGGCUGGGUCAGCUGUGCGCCAUGUGGAAACCGAUUGCCGGUGCGAUCGGGGACUCGCCGUCGUCGAUCGUGCUGAGCUGCGUCACCGGGCUGUUUAUGGGCAUUCCGUUGGCCACCGAGAGUGGCAUUACGAUCAUUCACUACCUGGAGACGGUGCUCGGUGGGGCGUGGUGGAUUCUGCUGCUCUGGAUUGGCCACAUUUUGGCGAUAUUUCUCGUGCGAGGGCGACCUUAUACCAGUGAUCUCCUGGUGAACGACCUCCGGCUGACGCAAUCGCUCGGGGCGUUCAUUGCGUUUGCGUGGAACUUCCUGCUUCCGAUUGGGAUGAUUUUUCUGUGCAUUUUGGAGUAUCGUGUGUCCAAUGCCAACUCGCUGUUCAACUGGAAGCACGGCGGCUAUUGGCCGCUGUGGGCUCGCCAGGUCGGCGGAUUUAUCCAGGUGGCGUUUCUUCUGUUGGUCCCCAUCGUGACCGUGGUUCAAAUCUAUCGCUAUCUUAGCAAGGGACCUCCCGAUAUUCUGGAGCGCUUUGACCGGUUGCUCCGUCCUUCGAUCAACGGCUCGCACGGUGCGUCCUCGGUAAUGGGACGGAUGGCCUACGGGGCACGACCGGCUCCGCCGCUCCCCGUACGAACCAUCAACAAUUCGGGCUCGACGAUGAUUUCGCUCGAGUCGCGACCACCGCAGGAUGACGCACCGCCCAAGUACACGCCGCCACCGUCCUACACCACAGCAACGGGAGCUCGGAUCGCAAAGAUGCUCCGAAACAGCAUCCGGCGGAGUGUCAGAAGAAUCAUGGGAGAACCGAGUGGCAAUCGUCAGCGAGGGGCCAUCAUCACCACCCAGCAGCAUCAAACCAACUCGGCCAAUCCGGCCGGGGACGAACUCCCUCCUCCAGAUUACUCAUCGAUCCUCACCGACGUGACCCAUCCCGGCGGCGGCUCCAACCUGACCGGAAUCGAGAUGGGCCCGCGCGUUCUGUACAACAGUGAAACGCUCAGUGGCCGUCGUCGGCACCGUUCGCUGACGCCCCACUCGCCGAACCUGACCGCCACCGACGUGCUGCAAAUCCUGCGUCCGGCAACGGUGACCCUCCCGCCACAGAACGGGUACGGCAAUGUGACGCUGUCGCGGCGCCACUCGAUUGGCAGUUCGGUAGAAAAUCUCGUCCUCGGAGCGGCCCCCAUCGGUGACUCGAGCAUCAUCACGCUGGCCGUCGAGGAAGACCCCGAGCAUGGGCGGAACCACCGCGUUGGCAACGAUUCUGUGAUAUAGUGAGGCGUAGUAAAAGACAUGCUAAGAGAGAGAGAGAGAGAGAGUGCCUAAAUACGCUUCUUUACCCUAUCAUCACUACAAACUAUGCAAAAAAGCAAACUACUUCUAUUAGUUCAGCAAUGAUUCAAUAAGUCUUAAUAAAUGCUAAACUCAACAACCAUCGUGGGAGUGGUGGGUAGAAGCUGUUUAUUUAUUCAAAUUGAGAGCACAUAUUAGUGGAACCACGCGUUUUCUUUCUUCUGUACAGUCUCUGUAGGACUAAAUUAGAGCUAGGGUUUUGUGCAAACAAACGGUAACGAAUGAGCGCUAACUUAUAUAAAAAACAAAAGCUUGAUGAGGAGAUUUUUCUAGCCCUUAAGCACCACUCAAUUUAAAAGUGUAACGUGUACAUCAUACCGCGGAGUCCGUCCAUGGAAAAAGAAGCAGAUGUAUAAAAAUUAAACGGUAAUAAAAUGUAAAGUGCAAAACUUGAAUCAAAA